GUCUCUGACUACCGGAGCGUGUCACAUUCCAAACGAAACCAGGCGAGAUGAGAGCCGCCGUCAUGUCCUUCAUUCUCCUUAUCGUAGUGUCGGAGAGCGUGUGUGACAUACAAGUUAAAGGAUUUGUAGGUGGUGCCCUCCUCAUUAAGUGUACAUUUGACGAGAAGUAUAAAAACAAGAACAAGUUUUUCUGCAAGAGCAGGGACAACAGGUGUCCAUUCGAAAGUCAGGCCAAGGACAGCAGAUAUAAAGAGUUCCAUGAAAGAGCUGAGCGGCUGUAUGUGGUCUUCAUCAAACAACUGGCCCUUACGGACACUGGGGAUUACCGCUGUGUGCUGGACAAUGAUGAGAACAAGUACACUGAGGUGACGAUUAACAUUAAACCAGAUGAUUGCUGCACCCAGACCCUCACAGUCAACAGUCAUGUUGGAGGACAUGCUGACAUCCCCUGCAAGUAUCCAAGUGAGUCAAAGGACAACAGGAAGUUUUUCUGCAGGCAGAGGAAUGUAUUCACCUGUGACAACCUGAUCUCAGCCUCCAGCAGGAGGUUCUCUGUUGCUGACGAUAAGGCCCAGAGCAUCUUCACCGUGCGCAUAAGUAACGUGUCCAGCAGCAGGGAUUCUGGGGUGUACUGGUGUGGAGUCAGGACCGGGGGCAACACUGACAGCGUGACUCUCCUCACAGAGGUCACACUAAAAGUGCAAGACCCAGAGAGGCCGACUCAGCCUCCAUCGCUGCCACCAGCAGUUUCACCUUUAAUCAUAGGGGGUUGUCUGACUCUUGCUGUGCUGAUGUUAGGCAUCAUUGUCUUCAUGUACCUCAGGUGCAGACACAACAGAACAUCUAAUCCCACCCCCCCAUCAGGUGAUCUUAUCACAAGGACGCCCAGAGACAAGGAACAGACCUGUGCUGAUCGUGAGAUUAACGACCCAGACCGGCCUCCUCCUCGUCCGCUAACAGAGCGCAGAUCCCCUGUCUCAAAUACCCGGGAAGAAGGUCACCCCGCCGACAUCAUUGACCCCUCGGACCCUACUGACCUCUCCGACGGCCCCAGCUACGCCACCGUCCACUUCCACAGGAAUCCUGAGCAGCGGAGCCGCGACAGCACGGGUGAUGCUCAGCAGGCGGAGGACAGCAGCUGUGAAUACGCCACCGUCAAGCAUUAGUGCUGAGGAACGAGGGGAGACACACACACACACACACACAAACACACACACACACACACACACACACACAAACAUUACUCUGUGAAUAUGCCAAUGUAAAGCAUCAGU